CCUGACUACGCCUGGGAUUCCAAGCUCCGCGCUGUGACGCGCUGCUCUCAGUCCCCGCCUUUGCGGCCAGCACCCCCAAGGGGGCGGGACCUGGGCAGGGCCAGCAGUCGCGGGAACCCUGAGCCCGCCUCCUCGGUAGGCUCGGCGCUGCUCGCCAUGGCCCCCGCGCUGCUGCUGGUUCCUGCGGCCCUCGCCUCCUUCAUCCUGGCCUUUGGCACCGGAGUGGAGUUCGUGCGCUUCACCUCCCUGAGGCCGCUGCUUGGAGGGAUCCCGGAGUCUGGCGGUCCCGAUGCCCGCUACGGGUGGUUGGCUGCCCUGCAGGACAGAAGCAUUCUUGCCUCCUUGGCUUGGGAUCUGUGUCUUCUGCUACUGUUUGUGGUACAGCACAGCCUCAUGGCGACCGAUGCAGUGAAGGCGUGGACAUCCCGGUACUUUGGCGUCCUACAGAGGUCGCUCUACGUAGCAUGCACCGCCCUGGCCUUGCAGCUGGUGAUGCGGUACUGGGAGACCACGCCCAGAGGCCCGGUGUUGUGGGAGGCCCGGGCUGAACCAUGGGCCACCUGGGUGCCUCUCCUCUGCUUUGUGCUCCACGUUGUUUCCUGGCUUCUCAUCUUCAGCAUCCUCCUGGUCUUUGAUUAUGCUGAACUGAUGGGCCUCAAGCAGGUUUAUUACCAUGUUCUGGGACUGGGCGAGCCUCUGUCUCUGAAGUCCCCGAGGGCUCUAAGACUCUUUUCCCAUCUUCGACACCCAGUGUGUGUGGAGCUGCUGACAGUGCUGUGGGUGGUCCCCACCUUGGGCCCUGACCGCCUCCUCCUAGCUCUUCUCUUUACCCUCUACCUGGGCUUGGCUCACGGGCUUGACCAGCAAGAUCUCCGCUACCUUCGGUCUCAACUACAAAGAAAACUCCAGCUUCUCUCCAGACCCCAGGAUGGGGAGGCAGAGUGAGGCCCUAGUUCUAAGCCCCGUAUUUCCUUUCCACCUCAGAAUCAAAUCCCUUCGCAUCCAGGCUGCGUUUGCUUCAGACCAGAGGUCGGAAGUCAUGUUCUGAAGGCUGACCCCUCUCCUGCUUGAGAACUCAGUUCCAGGAUCCUGAUCCUGGACUCUAAAUUCAGAGUUUCCACCACUGACCUUCAGGGUCCACUUCUCAUCCUCCAAGAAUGGUCACAAAACUCCUGGGUCUCCUUUUCUCUUAGAGUCACACACAUGGGGUCAGCCUUGAGCACUCUCUCUCCUGGCUCUGCACCUCAGGGAUUCCCUUCCACGGUUCCACUCACGUCAAGGAGCUAUGCCAGGGCCUAUCUGAAACUUUGUAGGGAGUGGCUCCUUUGUACUGCGGCUGUGCUUUUUCCCCACUCCUGCCUUAGUUUCUCCACUUCCUUAGUUCCUUCCCUACAGCUCUGAGGUGCAUCUCCUACAGCGAUGUCUCCCGAUUUUAACUCGGGUUGACUCGGGGCUCCCUGCUUUCCCAAAGGAUAUGCGUUGCAGAAAAAUUAAAAUUUUACACAUAUGCUA